UUUUCAGUCAAUGAUAGAAAAGUGUAACGGAAAACCAAGUAUACUUCUCAUUUUUUAUACUUUGUCACAAUGUCGGAUAUUGACGACAAUGAUAAUAUUGAUAUUGAUGAUGAGGUUUUAAUUGCAAUUGUGCAACAAAAUCCUUGUUUGUAUGCAAAAAGUGACGCGAAUUAUAAAGAUCACGAAGUGAAAGAAAUGAAGUGGGAAACGAUUUCUGAGUCUCUGAAUUGCACAGCCAAUGAAGCUAAAAAGCGUUGGGAUUCCUUGAGGAGUCAAUUUAGCAGGAAGUUGCAACAGCAGAAAAUGCAGCCAUCAGGUUCUGGUGUGAUGCCAGAAUGGCCCCUUAUGUCAUGCAUGUCAUUUCUAAAAUCUCAUAUUCAAAACAGAAAGACAAGAGGCUCAACAUUAUUACGUACUACAUCCUCUAUAUGUAGUGAACUCUCUAACAGAUGCUCGAUCAAUUCAUUUAUUCGUCAAUCACUUGCUUCUGUUCGUCAGUCACCUACUUCUGUUGGUCAAUCACCUGCUUCUGUUAGUCAGUCACCUACUUCUGUUGGUCAGUCACCUGCUUCUGUUAGUCAGUCACCUACUUCUGUUGGUCAAUUAUCUACUUCUGUUCUUCAAUCAUCUACUUUUGUCAUUGCAACUCCAUCAUGUUCGACUUUAAGCACUCAGUCUUUUAGACUUCCUGAUUGUCUGAAUCAACUGAAAAUCUCACUGAAGAGAAAGAAAAUUGUGGAUCUCUUUGUGGAACAAACUUUCAAAAAACACGCGAAGAAAAUAUUGGUACCUUCUCUUGACAAUUUCACGAAAAAGAGAAAAGCCAACAAUGAACGCCUGGAAGAAUUGCUUCGUAAAUCAUCAUUAGCACUUAGUGAUAUGGCAACAACAUACAAAAAUAAAGCGACUGAAGAAAAACGAGAAUUGGAUCCAAAUGCAGUUGUGAUAUCACAAGCUUUAAAAUCUGUGAUAAAAGAAAAUCAAUUAUCUUACCUGAUAGCUGUGUUGCAGCUAAUCGAAAAAUUUAAAGACUGA